AUGGGCAUCAUUCGCCCAGCUACUCCGGGCUUCCUUGUCACCCUCAUAGCAACCGCCCUGCUCGCCGUAGUCUCCUUCAAUGUACCCAUCCUCAAGUCUAUCUUCUUCCUCAAGGCGACCAUCACCGAGUCAGGACAGACGGGCACUAUUACGCUAGGAACGCUAGGCUACUGUCUGGACCUCAAUGGCAAUCAGACAUGCUCCAAGCCGUCAGUAGGAUACCAAAUUGACAUAAAUGCUCUCCUCGACAACACUACUAAGAUCAAAAUUCCGGAGGUGCUGGUCAAAUGGGUCACCUACGCCCUCGUCCUCCACAUUGUCGCCCUAGUCCUCGCCGGUAUCUCCGCCGUCUUCGGUCUUCUCGCCCAUGUGCGGGAGAUGUCCAUGACCUACUGCAGUACCUGUGUAUCGGGUUUCUCGGCUGCUGUGGCCAUGGUCGCCUUCAUCUUCGACAUCGUCCUCUUCUUCCUCACCAGGACCCGUGUCAACGACAGCGGAGGACACGCCGAGAUCGGUAUGGCCCUCUGGCUCACUCUCGCGGCUUGGAUCCUUCUCUUCUUUGCCGGCUGCUUCUACGGGCUCGGCAGAUGUUGUAUCAGGAGACGUCCUCGCGGUCCGGACAGGGAGGCUGUCAGGCCCACCAUGGACAACGGCUAUGCGGAGCAGAUGCGUCUGGAGGCUGUCAAGGCGGAGGCAGAUAGGAAAGCCCGUCAAGCUGCGGGCAAGAACGAGAUCGGCCUCCCGGCUUUCCAGGAGUACGAGCGCCAACCGCUGACCUCCAAGGUGGACGAGAACGAGCAUUACAUUGAGGACGGCGACUCCGUAGUACCCUAUCAUGCACAGGCCCGGUCGGGCGGUGCGGGUGUCGGCGCAGGAACAGCAGCGUAUGCCCGUCAAGGUAACCAGCAACCUGCGUACACUGGCGGAUACGCUCAGGCGACACCUGGCACUCGCGCUGUGGACGCCUACUACAACAGUGCUCCCACCGCGCCGGCCCGCCAAGGUAGCACUCACACCCAAGCGCCCUCUGCGGUAUACAGCGACCCCUACGCACCCUCAAUUGCACCAUCUGCGACCGCUGGUGCCACUGCGGGUGGCUACUUGGCAGCGAACGCCUACGGCCAAUACGGUCACCAACAGCAGCCUAGCGGCGUCUCUGGGUAUGGACACAUGCCUCAGCAAACUUCUUUCCACUCGGCGGUCUCACACCAGCGAGACAACACUGGCUACAAUGCAGAAGAUGACUACAGCAAUGUUGUCGACCCCUUCGCCGCGCAGCCUUCGCAGACCAGGUUCCAACCUGACACCUACAACACGUCGAGCUACAUGUACGGCCAGACCUCGACGCCACCUCCAGCUAAUGCAGCGGCCGUUGCAGGCACUAACCCCUACCGCACGACGCCUGAGCGCAACUACACCCUCGGCGGUGGCGGGUACGGCGCGAACGUCGUGCCCGCGCUCGACUACGGUCGUGGGUCUCCUGCACCUACGGCUACGACGUCGGUCUACAGCUCCGGAUCUGCGCCUCACACCAUUAACACUAGCAUAUCGCCCCCACCGAUGCCUCAGCCCGCAAGCCCACGUGGGCCUCGCGACCCGACGCCGUCCAUGCAUCAGGCAGUGACGCAGUCGCCCAUACACGAAGAGCCGCAAUACCCUGACGCCCCGCCGAUGUACGACGCCGCGACCUCGCAGCCGCCAGGGCAGUGGGGCGCGAAGCAUUGA